AUGUUCCGCAGUGUAGCCAUUUUGUGCGCUGUAGCUGCAGUGUCCAAUGCGGGACUUCUGCCUGCAGCUGUGCACUACUCCCCAGCUGUCUCCUCUCAAAGUAUUGUGCGCCAUGAUCAACCACAAGCAGUUGCCACGAAACUGGUAGCCACCGCACCUGUGGCCAAGCUGGCCGUCGCCGCCCCCGCCUCUUAUUACAACGCCGCCCCCGUCUCUUAUUACAACGCUGCACCAGCGCCCGCAACUUACCACUCCGCCACAUCUGCCGUCACCUACCAUGCGGCGCCCGCCCCUGUUGCAUACCACACCAGCCCUGUCCACUACGCUGUGCCUGUUGCUAAAGUUCUUACCCACCGUGAAGAGGAAAAUGCCUACCCAAAAUACGAUUUCUCAUACUCUGUCGCUGACGGUCAUACCGGUGACAACAAGUCCCAACAAGAGUCCCGAGAUGGUGAUGUAGUCAAAGGAUCCUACUCGUUUCACGAGGCCGAUGGCUCCAUCAGAACUGUGGAAUACUCCGCCGAUGAUCACAAUGGCUUCAACGCGGUGGUGCACAACUCUGCCCCCACCGCUGCUCCAGCUGUCAUCAAGACUCCCGUCUAUGCCGCUCCCGCUCCCGCUCUCUAUUACAAACAUUAA